AGAGCCGCCGCCUGCCGUCCUCCGGGUGAGCUGACUGGCGGUGCGUUGAGGCUCCGCCCCCUCCGGCAGCGUGGGUGGAAGGUAAACGGCCGCUACCUGCACAGCUGUUCUUCGUUACCCGGCCAGCUCAGGUGUGCGUCAGACUCACCUGGAGCCAUGCAGACCACCAAAGGAGCGCUGCUGCAGACCCCUCUGGAGAAGACCUGGGUUCCCUGGAGGAAGAGCCGGCUGAGCCAGCGCCGAGGCUCGUCCGUCCCUCAGUUCACCAACUCCCCGACCAUGAUCGUGAUGGUCGGACUGCCGGCUCGAGGGAAGACUUACAUCUCCAAGAAGCUCACCAGAUACCUGAACUGGAUCGGCGUCACCACCAAAGUGUUUAACGUCGGACAGUACCGUCGAGAUGCGACUCGAUCCUACAACAGCUUCGAGUUCUUCCGACCCGACAAUGAGGAGGCCAUGAAGAUCAGAAAGGCCUGUGCCGUCGCUGCCCUCAAGGAUGUCUGCAACUACUUCACCAUGGAGAUGGGCCAGGUGGUGGUUUUCGAUGCCACCAACACCACUCCAGAGCGCAGAGACGUCAUUCUGAGCUUCGCCAAAGAGAACGGCUACAAGGUGUUUUUCGUGGAGUCGAUCUGUGACGAUCCAGAGAUCAUCGCCGAGAACAUCAAACAGGUGAAGCUGAGCAGUCCGGACUACGUCAACUGCGACAAAGAGGAAGCUGUGGCCGACUUUUUAAAGAGGAUUGAUUGUUAUAAACUAACAUACGUUCCUCUCGACGACAUCAAGGACCGGAGCUUGUCCUAUAUUAAGAUCUUCAACGUGGGCAGCCGCUACUUGGUGAACCGGGUGCAGGACCACAUCCAGAGCCGCAUCGUGUAUUAUCUCAUGAACAUACACGUCACGCCCAGGUCCAUCUACCUGUGUCGCCACGGCGAGAGCGAGCUCAACCUGGUGGGUCGCAUCGGUGGAGACUCGGGGCUGUCGGGUCGUGGCGCUCAGUUUGCCAGCGCUCUGGGCUCCUACAUGCGAGGUCAGACCAUCAGUGACCUGAAAGUCUGGACGAGUCACAUGAAGAGGACCAUCCAGACGGCGGAGGCUCUGGGCGUCCAGUAUGAACAGUGGAAGGCUCUGAAUGAGAUCGACGCUGGCGUCUGUGAAGAGAUGACAUAUGAGGAGAUCCAGGAGAAUUAUCCCGAGGAGUUUGCCCUGAGAGACCAGGACAAGUACCGAUACCGCUACCCCAAAGGAGAGUCCUAUGAGGACCUGGUCCAGCGCCUGGAGCCGGUCAUCAUGGAACUGGAGAGGCAGGAGAACGUCCUCGUCAUCUGCCACCAGGCCGUGAUGAGGUGUCUGCUGGCUUACUUCCUCGAUAAGAGCGCAGGUGAGCUGCCCUACCUGAAGUGUCCUCUGCACACCGUCCUCAAACUCACCCCGGUCGCCUACGGUUGUAAAGUGGAGUCGGUCUUCCUCAACAUUGAAGCCGUGAACACGCACAGAGACAAACCAGUGAACGUGGACGUUGACAGAGAGCCGGCCGAGGCUCUGGAGACGGUUCCCGAGCACAUCUAGAGGACCCCCAGCAGCCGGACCGGACGGAAAGUGGCCUUUUUGUGUUUGUUUAUUUUGUAAUUUAAGUAAUUGUAGAGAUUAUUGUUGUUGUUGGUGUGAAGCAGGAAAGCUUCAGUGUUGAAAAUAAGAUUUUAUUUUAUUUUUUUUCCUAAUGGCAGCCUACUUCCAUUGUAAACGCACUUUAUAAUGCAGGGCCAAGGCCAAACGUCUGGAAUGAAGACGACUCUUUUACUGUGAAAAACUACUGGUUUGUCUCUACUUCCUGUUUACUUUAACCCAAGCCUAGCAACACGUUAACAGUCAGUCAGAUCUCAACUUGCUGUGUGGAUUUAUGGUGUCCAUCUUCAAACAUUCAGGUAUCCAGAUGUUUCCGGUUGACCAGCUGCUGACUAAAGCCCCGUUCAGACAUGUUUUCUGUUAAUAUGAUGCCAAAUAAACCUGUUGACUACACGUCUGAGCGGACGUUCUACUCAAUUUAUCCUAAAGGUCGUGCCAGAAAUCUCAGAUUGGCUCUAGCAGCAUUAACUGAACAGCUGUACUUGGAGUCAUGUGAAGUGAUUUAGGAAAGAUUUUCCACGUUUCAGCCACGAUAUUCAUCCAAAAACACCACAGAGAGCAAAAGAUAUUGUAGCAGGAGCUGAAGUUUAGCUUGUUGCUUCCAGUUGUUUAGGACCGUUUCCUCUGUUUUUAUUAAAUAUCUGCAGCGUCAGACAGCAGCUGGAUCUUUCAAAGUGUCUCCAAAGAUAAAGAGUUGCCUUUUUUUUUUUUUUAUUAACAGCAGCAACUUAAAUAAUUGGCUAUAAUUAUAAAUGAUCCCUGGCAUGAAAUUAAUAUUUUUUUAAAACAAUCUCCAGUGUUCAGGAAAUCGUAAACUGUUGCAUGUUUGGACGCUUUGAGAAGCUGCUGUUAGCUUAAAUUUAGCCUUUUGUUUCUCAUUACAUUAUCAUGUUUUAUACAACACCUGGUGUGUUGUCUAUUCUUUCGUGAACGGCAAAUAUCGCGUCUCUCUGUGGUGGUUUUGACAUAAAUUGACAUCCGUCUGACUAAAUGUCGUCACUUUUAACGGAUCGAUGAAGCCGGUAAAGAUCACAUGUCUGAAAGGGGCUUUGAUUAAACGAGCCUUAAAGGAACAGUUUGACAUCCAGUCCAGUUAGCUUAGCACAGAGACUUUAACCAUGUGCUGCAGCUUUCAUUACAGACUGUUGCAUGAAGAUCGUUGCACCUUGAACUUCCACCUCAUAAAUCCAUCAUAUCAAGUUCAAGGCCACAAACAAAACUGAUCUGGAAUGCAAAGGUCGACCGUUGUAUUUUUACUCCUGCGAGAAGCCACCACAUAUUUUCUGCUGUUCGAAUGAUGGUGGGCCAGAAAAGCAUCUUGGCAAGCGCCUACUGCUUGGCAUUCUGGUAUUUUUAGACGUGGUGUGAGCUGGACUACAGACGGAGGCUUCAGAGCAACAGAAUACAGAUUUAACCUCCUGGAAAUGAUUAAAAACAUGCAUAAAAUUUAGACAUGAUAGUCGACUCCUGGGUCAUUCCAGAACUCAAGGACAUUUGAGCCUCAAUGUUUGAAAAACAAACCAGGUUUCUGCUCCAUACUCAUCAAUAAUAGGUUCUGAUUGACUCGGCUUCCAUAUCAACGGUAGCAUCUUUUAUCCAUGUUUUAUUGGUUGUUUUCUAACUCCUAUCACAGUAACAAGGUUGCUAAUCCAUCCUACUGAAAAUGACGAGACAGAAAACGACAAAUGAGACAGAAAACGAGACACUAAACUAGUGUUGUAUCCUGUUAGCUUAAUUAGCGCUACAGCUAACGUCUAGUUCCAUGAGCUUCUUGUUUGGGCUCUAAAUUGUCAGAAAAUGGUGACAAACAACAAAUGUUAUAGACCCCUUGCAGUGUUUACAUGGUAUGCGCGCGCAGACCCGGUGCACAUUCCACUUUAAUUUAAUGGGUGAGCCAGUGUCUGACGACUGGGGUGUCUUGAGUUCCCCGAACAAGAACAGAAAGAUAGCGUUUAGGAAAUUGCACAUCUCGGCUUUGGCCGCAUCAAUGGGCUCGCUUUGAGAAGGCGGUGGCGGCUGUUGUUUGGGGCUGCCGCCGCUGACAACCGCUGACAGCCGCCUCCUGCUGCCUGCCGGACACGGCCUCUUGCUGUUUGGAUGCAGCAGAUGUGUGCUGUCCUGUUGCUGCUGGCCUGGUUCGGCAUGUUGGGUAUUCAAUGCGUUAUCAGGCACUACUUUGACAUACUGCACUGUCCUGCUAACGGGCUCAGGGCUUCUCCGGUAUAUCAGCAGGAACUGUGAUAUCAACGUAACGACUGCUCCGGAGAACGCGGAAAUCAGUGUUAAGUAAACCAAACGUUUAGCCGCGGUAACAAAGCAAGUUCCACCUGGUCGCUGUCACAGCUGCCAUAUCAUCUGCUUUACUACGAUUCUGACAGCCGACAGCACAAGAAGAAGGCAUAUUUAGCGUAAUAUGAGCUUACAAUAUCACGCCUUGGCCAGGUAAACAGGCUUUGUUUUGAACCGGGUCUGCGCGCGCAGCUGCCUAAUUAAGUAUGCAUACGUCAUGUGGAAGGGGUCUAUAUUUUGUUGUCAACCCAAAGAUCUUCAGUUUACUGUCAAAGAAGAAACCAGAAAAUAUUAACAUAUCAGAAUAGUGAAUAAAUAAGCGGUUAAUACAGGUUGAAACUCUGUUUACACUUAAGUAUAACGUGUUGUGAUACAUUUAAUUUAUUGUGAUGUCUCGACUACAGAUCACAGGUUUAUCAUUAAAACUGGAGUUUUCUUCAUUUAAAACAGCUGAUUCCUGCCUUAGUUGGUGUUUUACUGCCAGCAAAUGUCCAAAUGAAACCAUCAGGGUUUAAUUAGAAGCGAUGGAACCAAACGAGCUGCUGGUGGGUAAAAACCACAAAUCUCCUUUAAAUGAACGUAUUUGACCCAAAAUGUUGAACUGCUUCCAAACUGUUCCUUGAACGCUGCAGAUUUAAUCCAACAUGUAACUGGUGGAGGUGUUGAGCUUCCAUCCACAUGCGAAGAAAAACCCUCAUCUGCACAAUAAAUAUUAGCAUGUUAGCGUCAGAGUUGAUAAACAGACAUGUUAAUACUCACAUAAUGGAUGGAAAUGGUUUUAUUUUGCUUUUUCUUCUGCUAAUGUUCCAUUUCACUACUUUGGUUUGUAGAGUUCAUGUGUCUUUCCCAUGUUUAGUGUCUUCAGUGCAGAAAACUUCUUCAGUUCUGUGGGCAGCAGCCGGGUUUCCAUCAUUUUGACUUUUUCUGAAAAGAAUGGAUGAACUUCAUGGGAAAUGGAAAAACGCUUUCUGAUGAGGUUUUAUCUCCUCGGGUUUAUCUUAAAACUCGCUGUAGUUUUUCUGUUUAUUACAGCUGUCACCAAUAGCGCCACCUUCUGUCCACGCUGAGCAGUUUAUUUGCUCCACAGUAGCUGUCAGAAACCAGUUUCUUUGCAUUUAAAACAUUUUUGGCGACUCUUAGAGUUUUGACGUUUCCAUGGAAACCCGGCUGGUUUUGCUUGCAGAGCUGCUGGUGAUGAGUAAAAACUUUUGCUGCUGAACUCCUCUGAUGAACUGAAGGAUUCUGGGAGGAAUCAGGAGAUGUUUGUCCCUUUAACUGCCCCACAAACACCACAAUGUGCCUCAUAUUUAAUAACACAUAACUCUAUGCAGCGUUCACACAACAGACGUUCUAACGGAACCCUGAGGAUCCUUAUGGUGCAUUACUUCUUCUAUUUUACUGUUUUCUAAAGAAACCACGUCCACCUUAAUCAGUUUCUCGUAGCGUGUUGUGAUCGGGUUUAGAUCCUGGCGUCAUGAGUCUGUGGUUCUGUUAAAGCUCUCUCUGGCUUAACCAGUUUGAGUGUAUGGAUUUUGAAAAUGUGCAAAAAUUUAUCCAAAAUAUGACAUAAUUCAAAAUGGCUGACUUCCUGUUGUGUUUUAGGUACUGUUAAUAUUUUUGUGCAUCCUGAUGAAUGUACCAAAUUUCAUCGACGUAUGUGACACGACCUGGUCGUAGUUCCUGUUUAUAAUUUUCCAGGUGGCGCUAUUGAGCUGUUUGACUCACACCUAUGCAGGGCCCCUAAAAUAUUUUUUUGGCCAAUCCUGAUGUGUUCAAAGUUUCACACAUUUCAGUAUUUGUAGGCCUUCAAAAGUGUGAUUCAAAAGACAAAGAAUGAAAAAUAAUUUUUAAGAAUCGUGGGUUUCCACAGACUCUUUGCAGGGUUCGGUGCUCGGACCCUAAUUAUCCACUUUAGACUUUUUUUUUUUCCCCAUCAAUUUGGCCAAUUUCAGAGAUUUUGUAGAACUGAAAUAACCUGACAGUGUUGCAUCAUUUGGGACAAAUUUUGGGUAAUUCUGUCCAGUUCAGGAGCCUGCAGGAGUUUUGUCAGUGAUCUGACUCAGUCAUGUAAAGAUUAGUGCAGUAAUGGAUGGAUUCAUGACACCAGGAAGCCCAGAUGUUUGUGCUCAUCGUAGCUUCACUGUAGUCGCCUGAGGCAGCAAUAGAAACCCAACUUCCUCAGGGGAACCUUAUUUAAAACCAGAUGCCAGCAGAUACGAGUGUAAAUAAACGUAUGAACAUUUAAACUGUAUCUGUCUUUUUAAACUGCUUUUCUCUUGUCUGUGUAAAUUUGCAAUGGUGCCAGAGUUCAGUGGAAAUACUGAUUAAUCAAAUGUUUUCUGUAAACUUGAACUGUUACCUUAAAGUCCACGCAAUAAAUGGAAAAACGA